AUGGCAUCCAAUAUCCCUACCAACUUGGUUGCAGCAGGCAAACCCACAUUGGUUAACACUGGAAAACAAGUCAGGUCUGAGGAUCAAUCUGCUCAGAAAACCCCCAAGGAGUCCCAAGUUGACUCAGAGGCCAAAGAUGUCCCACCUUGUGUAGUCGUGGAUCUCACUCAAGUAGAUGUUGAAGUUCCAAGACACAUGGCCAUUGACCUGACAAUGGAGGAUGAUGUGCAAGCUCCUGCAAUCAGAAUAGUCAAUUCCCUCAUGCCCUUGGCACACCACCCAGAGGGAGAUGGAGGAGGAUCUACACAUGGUGAUGUCACCCACCAUAGUCCAAGCUCAAAUGACAUUGACUUAUCCAGUGAUAGCAAUACAAAAGAGGAACCACCCCAGGAAGCCCCAAUUGACCUCACUGGAGACAGCAGCUCUGAAGAAAUCGAGAUCGAGAUGGAGAUAGAAAUUAUUUCCCAGGGAAGGCGACUGAGUCCACAGGAAACCUGGGAUCGCAUCAAGUCCGAUAUAGCAACAUACGUGGAACAGCCCAACCUGUACUGCAUACCCACAGUAGGGUUGAAGAAGGCCCAGGAAUACAUUGUGGAAUCCAACCUAACAAUCAGAUACACAACAGGUUUCAUAGGUAGUGAUGGUAAUUGCCUGUUCAGGGCUUUCUCUCAGUGGCAAAAUGGCCAUCAAGACGACCACGAUAAACUCAGAGACGAAAUCCACAAGUAUUCAAAAUCCCAAAGAGGAUUAAUCAAGAAUUACCUAGGUCGAGAUGCUCAAGACGAGCACGUGGACCGUUGGAUCAACAAAAUGGGACAGCUUGGAGUAUGGGGAGAUUCGAUGGCACUUCAACUGUUGGCCAACCGCUUUGGUGUGAUCUUGUUUGUUGUCAGCUAUAAACCUCCGGACCUGCGGGGUCAUGCACGUGAAUACAUGCCAGGCAAUGUGCCAGCAGGACAGCCAACACCAGUCUAUUUCAUAGUUAAUCUACCUCAACACUUUGAGAUCAUAGAUCCAUUUCCUAAUGCAUGA